AUUGGGCUUGUACUCUUGAUAGGAGUGACUCAUUCUCUUUAUUGGUUUUCACACCCGUAGCGGCGUUUCGGACGGACAUUCCAUAAUUUAUGACUCACUUGAUUGACGGACAUGAUUGACGGACAUUUUGCCCGGUUUUUAUCGAGAGCGUUGAUGACGUAUUUUUCGGAUAAUUACAGGGGUGGUUGUGUUGUGUAUUUAGUGUGUUAGCGGUCAACCAGCAGUAUCAUAUACAGGGUGUGUCAACGAGAAUUAAAUGAUUCUUGCAGAUCUUCGUAAGGGCAAUCUUUUGUGCCAACGAAAUUUCACAAAGUAAUCAGCACAGUAUAGGUACUUGAAAAAUAACAAUACACAAGUCGAUUUAUUUUUGACUAACUCCCACUCAAUAAUUAUAAUUAUUUAUUUAAAAGGAUCUAAUAACGAAAAAAAGGGACCGCCUUGCCCCACCCUCCUUGAAAAAUCCUUGGCAGGCGGCUAUGACCCCUAACUUGACUCUUGUCAAUGAAGACGAUUAGUGGAAUAAUUAGACAAGCGUCAAGCUCGUCGUCAUGGCGACGAACGUAGCUCCAAACACAACAAACACGCGGGCUGCCGUUUAUAAAGUAAUGAGAGCGCCUUGCAAAUAUUUGGUAGUUUGUCGUAGUUUACACAAAUAACUAUAUUUUGUUAACGGUAUGAAGUUCAAAGUGACCCUGAGCCAGAGACUGAACGCCACAGCGGUUCCCAUAACCUGCGUCGGCUGGGCAAGUGCCGAGGAUGUUUACUCUAUCAGCGACGAUAACCAGUUGCGUUCUUGGUCCGUGACGGACAACAUGCCGACGAAAAUCGCCGACCUCCAGAAAGAUUUUCACGCCACCGACAUGCAUUUCGUGCCGAAAACUGGAGGGGCAUCGACAGGAAAACACGCCGAUUUGAUUCUGGUCACCGCCAUGGACGGUAAAUUUCACAUAAUGACCAAAACCGGGCGUAUUGAAAGAAGCGUGGAGGCGCACAAAGGGGCCGCCUUGGUAGGACAGUGGAGCAACGACGGCACGGGACUGUUAACUGCCGGUGAAGACGGCCUCAUAAAAAUAUGGUCCAAGGGUGGCAUGUUGAGGUCCACGGUUGUUACCAGCGAGUGUUCUGUCUACUCGGCUUGCUGGUCGCCAGAUAGUCAGAGCAUCGCCUAUACCCAAGGAAAAUGUGUCGUGAUUAAGCAGUUGGCACCGAACACCAAACCCACAAAGUGGAUUGCUCACGAAGGUUUGGUUCUUUGCUUGGCGUGGAGCGUUGCGUCAGACAUUAUCGUCUCGGGCGGUGAGGAUUGCAGAUACCGCGUCUGGGAUAGUUUGGGGAGACCAGUUUUCUCAAGUUCACUUCACGAUCACCACGUAACGUCGAUCGCGUGGGCUCCCGCUGGUGAUCUGUUCGCCAUUGGUGCCUACGACACUCUAAAACUCUGCGAUUACUCUGGGUGGUCUCGUUCGUUCGAGAAACCGAACGCGGGCAGCGUCUACAAGAUGGCGUGGUCGAACGACGGUUCGCAAUUGGCGGGCGCGUGCGCAAACGGUCAAGUCCUAUUCGCUCACGUCAUUGAACGGAAGGCGAGUUUUAUGAACUUUACGGCUACCGUGAGCGAGAGAAAAGCGAUAGUCGUGAAAAACGUGUCGGACGAUACGUCGGAGUAUCUGGAACUACCCGAACGCGUCAUCCGGAUGGCGAUGCGGUACUCGCAUUUGGUCGCCAUCACGCCCAGCCAGUGCUACGCGUACGAAACGAGCAACUGGAACACUCCGACGAUUUUCGAUUUGAAAGAUGGCGCGGUGGUGCAUUUGGAGAUGGCCGAAAAUCAUAUGUUGCUGGUAGAAAGAAGCACCGUAGGAGUAUACAGUUACCAGGGGAAAUUAAAGGCAUCUCCAAAAUGGCCGAAUAUGAAAUUGGACGGAGUUAGAGUUGCCCAUAUUUCACUAUCUUCGGAUACGUUAGUAGUAAGAGACGUGAACGACCAAAAAGCGAUACACGUAGUCGACUUGAUUAACAGUAGAACCAACAGCGAAAUGAUCGCUACCAUUCAGCAUUCCGUGCCAGUGAUCGAGAUAGCUCUGGACCAGCAGGGCGAGUUUACGAAUAGAACGAUGGCGUUGCUAGAUAAGUCCAGAGAUUUGUACAUCGUCAAAGUCAGAAGUGCGAACAAAACGUUUUCCAGACUGGGAAGAAAAAUUGAAUCGUUCAGGUGGAACGCAAAAGUGAACAUCCUGGGGGCCAUCCAGGACGGCCUGGUCACAGUGUGGUACUGUCCUAGCGCUUCGUUCAACACUCGACUGUUGCAAAUGUGCUCGUUUCAAUACGAAUCUUCCGAUUUGGGCAGAAGUCCCAGGAUAAGCGAUUUCGUCGGUACUUCGGUGUCCGUUAGGAGGGCGGACGGCGCCUUGAUUAACGUGCCGGUAUCGCCAUUUCCCGAACUGAUUCACUUAAAAUUACAGGAAAACAAAUGGGAAGAAGCAGUGAAUCUGUGCAGAAAUAUAAACAUCGAUAUUGCGUGGGCUUGUUUGGCGAUAUUGGCCGUUCAGUCCACUCAAGAAACUCUGGAUAUCGCCGAAGAGGCGUUUUCCAAUAUUGGCCUAUACGACAAAGUAUACUACAUUCAAUAUAUUAAGAAUUUGCCUACAAAGGCCGAACAAAAGGCUCAAAUGGCUUUGCUGGGGGGCAAAAUGGACGAGUGCGAGUCGAUACUGCUUCACAAUGGAAUGGUUUUCCAGGCCAUUUUGAACCACAUUAAUACACACAACUGGACAAGGGCAUUGGAUUUGGCCAUCAAACACAAGACUCACAUCGACACAGUGUUAUACUUUAGACAGAAAUAUUUGAAAGCCCUGCAGAAAUCGGAGAAUAACAACAAAUACAGCACAUUACAGGAAUCGAUUACCAUCGACCCUGAGAAAAUAGAAGAGAAAAUAGCAACUGAACUCCAAAAUAGAAAAAACACAUAUUAAAUGACAUUAUUUUGUUGUUGUACAUGAUAAAUUAUUCCUGUGUUUAAUCACUUGUUUGUUAUUACAUUUUUUACCUGGUUACAUUUAAC